UGCCUUUGCGAAAAGUUGUUUCUCACGAUAAAUAUUCACGUUUCUCUUUUCAGGAUUCGACCUCAGAUCGUUCGCGAAAAACUCGAACUGUGCCGUGUUUGCACAGCCGUAACACCUGGUGAACCUCAAGUGAGCGAUACUUUCCGAUACUUAGCGAUACUUUUUUUUAAAAUAACAAUUGGAGACGAUCGAAGUUUUACGUAUGAUUGCGUGUUCGAUCAAGACACACACCAGCAAUUGGUCUAUGAUCGCUGCGUUCGAAGUCUUAUCGAAGGCACGCUCGAGGGCUUCAAUGCCACCGUACUUGCGUACGGUCAGACCGGUAGCGGUAAAACGUACACAAUGGGUACGGCAUUCGAUAUGACAACUGCAUCGGAUGACGAUUCUGUGGGUAUAGUGCCAAGAGCGAUGGAACACCUCUUCACGCUGAUUGAGCAACGCAAACGUGAGGCUCGUGAACGUGGCUUCAUUGAACCCAUAUUCGAUGUGGCUGUCCAAUUCAUUGAGGUAGUCUUUUGCCUUCACUAA